AUCGGAUCACAGCGACGAAUUUUCAUUCUGAAAACUAAGUCCGUGCUAAAACGUAUACCGACAUUAAUUCGACCAUCACAGAAAACCACGCAUAUCCGUAUAAUACCGAUUACGCAGGACAGGAACUAACGACUGCUUUACUUACAUAGGUAUAACAUACGAAUUGAAUGUCCGCGUUUCACGUUAAUGCUACCGCCUGCAUAAUGUAUACUAAAUUUAUGUCACAAACGCAUAUUAUCAUUAUUAUCGUUCCGAACAACUGACAGUGGUAUGUGUCUAACGUUGAAGAAUAAUAGACGAUUCAUCGCGUGUAGUUUCCAUACUAGAAUACCGCAUAUCAUACGUGUUAAAUGCAGUCAAAGUUUGAAAUCUUCUACGACGGAAAGCUGCUGGUCCACUGCUGGUCAAUCUGUACGAUAGUCUUUUAUCAGGCUGAAGUUUGUAACAUUAUUGUAAUGCUGUAUCUUUAGAAAUACUCGUUAUUCUGCAACUUUAAAGGAUUAUGUGAAAUUUAGGAAACCGUUAAUAUAGCAUGAACAACCUCAGAUUUUAUCAAUUUAUCUUAUUGUGUUAUUCUAAAGGUACAAAAUAGAAAUUUUUGUCCCAACGUUUCGAUACGGUAACGUUACUAACUUCAGCCACAUAGUUUUUUCCUUUAAAAACGAGAAAAACGUAGAUACAGUUACACGUGUAAUGUUAUACCAUCGUACCAAGUCCAUACGUACGGUACGUUAUGCAUGCGUGUAUGUGCAGUCAUCGGUCAUCCGACUCUCUCAGCAUGCAUAGUGGAUGUAGUCACGGUAUAGUUGCUGAUAGCAGUUCAAGAUAACCUCAAACUUAACCCAGAUUGUAGUGGACGAUAUGCUGGGGAAUGUUUCCCUUAUCGUACAAAAUUUAAGAGUGAUGUCUGUGAAUUCGAGUAUGUAGGUCGUUGUCGGCAAUACAGCACGAACAAGCCGUGAGUUUGAUGCUACGUCCAAUACAAUACAUGCGCAACAUAAUGUCGACGUUUGUCAAAAAAGAAGAAAAUACUGAAAUGAAAAACGUGCUAAAACAUAAUCAUGUCCAGUGUUCAUCAGCGUAACGAUGCAGUUUUACGAGCGUCUUCUCUGCCUGGAAAUAUUUCAAACGAUUAUUGCAAUUCGCAAUUUCGAAUUGCGUGUCGAAGCGGUCGGGUCAACCUGUCGCAAUAUUCAAGUGUGAGUUGUAAGUCUAUGGUUGUGUGAGUCGUGAGUUUACGGUUGUGUGAGUUGCAAGUCUAUCGUUGUGUGGGGUUCGCGACGCCGAUUUGACCAAUAGCAGACGCAUGGUUUAACGCACACAGUUUGAAGCCGCGGUUGCAGGUACAUGCAUACAUGCACGUCGAAACUUGCGGCAGAGAAAGGAGACUCGGCACACUUUAUCUGUAUAGUGUGUAUUACAGCUAGAACAAAGGUGGUAGGGAGUUGACAACUGAAUCUAUCCAUCCAUCCGGCGUCUACGGACAGAGUUAAUAGAGGAUUCCUCAGUUUGAAAACAACUCCGGCGGGAAGUAGACCUAUGUCCAAACUAGGAGUCCUUCGACAGAAAAAGGAAAGAGCAAUUUGAAGUUUACAAGUGUGGAUAAACCGGUAUUGUCAAGGUAUUUCUUGAGUAUUCUCUGAGUUCAGUAAAGAUCCGGUUUCCUUGGCAAAUAAACUAAUAAAAUGAGAAAAACCUGACAGGAACCAUGUAAGCGAUUCACCGACGCUACAAAACUCAGUUACUCGCAUCACUUGGCUGUAUCUCACGAGUAAGUGAGGUGAUACAAAGUUCCCAAGUUGUCGACCUCAAGUAAAGGUCUCCAAACGACUUUGACUUUCAGUGUUCUAGAUUCGGCAGUUCAUUUACUCUAUCUCUACACGAUCGGUACUUGGUUUGGUAAUAAAAUGUACCAACGAUCGGUGCUGAUAACCCUACCAAAGGCACAGUCGAUAGACAUAGAAUUUAACUCCGUGACAUUCUAUGCUCAGCAUGGAUGUUGCACCCCGAAAAAGGAAAUACUCAAGGGACUAUCGGGUCGGUUUAAAUCUGGGGAAUUGACGGCUAUAAUGGGUCCGUCCGGGGCAGGUAAAUCGACGUUGUUAAAUAUCCUGACCGGAUUCAGAAAGAAAAAUGUCUCCGGCAGGAUAAGCUACAUCGGCUCGAACGGCAAGCAGGAAUGGAACGCUUACAAGAAAGAAUCGUGCUACAUUCAACAGGACGAUCAACUUCUCCCAUUGUUUACGGUGAACGAGGCGAUGCAAAUAGCUGCCGACCUCAAGCUGGGUGCAUCUCUGAACAAGAAGGCGAAACAAAUGCUGAUAGACGACGUUCUUGACUCCCUGGACCUCUCCAAAACCAAAAAAACUCGUUGCAACCGCCUGAGCGGGGGCCAAAAAAAGAGACUAAGCAUCGCUCUCGAGCUCCUGGACAACCCGCCUGUCAUGUUUUUGGACGAACCAACGACUGGUCUGGACUCCUCAUCCUCUCUCCAAGUCGUCUCAACGCUGAAAUCCCUCGCCAAGGCUGGAAGAACGAUAGUGUGUACCAUCCACCAGCCCAGUGCGACAAUAUACGAAAUGUUCGACCACAUUUACCUUGUCGCUGAGGGUAACUGUGUGUACCAGGGUGCAGCCAACAACACUGUCAAAUACUUAAACAACUUGGGACUGAACUGUCCCAAGUACCACAAUCCCGCUGACUAUAUAAUAGAGGUGAUCAACAAGGAGUAUGGCAACUUCAACGAGCAGCUCGCCAUCGCAUCCUGUGAGGAAAACUGGAGGGCACCACCGGUGAUAAAGAACAUCAACCUUCAAGAGAUGGACAGGCGACUCAGCGAAGAAGGAAAAGCUAAGGUCCUGAUCAACCCUCCGUCAGAGCUGAGCAGGUUUUGGACAUUGCUGAACCGCAACUUGGUCCAGCUGUACCGCGACUGGACUGUCACCCACCUCAAGCUGAUUCUCCACUUUUGCGUCGGCGUGCUCCUCGGCCUGCUGUACCUCAACGCCGGGGACGACGGCUCCAAAACCAUCAGCAACGUCGGGUUCCUGCUCGUAUCUGCCGUUUACCUGUGCUACACCAGCAUGAUGCCCGCAGUUCUUCACUUCCCGUCUCAGCUCCCCGUGCUCAAGAAGGAGCAGUUCAACAACUGGUAUCACCUCAAAACCUACUACGCAGCAUUUCUGGUCGCCAAUCUGCCCAUGCAGACUCUCUUUGCCAUCGUCUACUGCUCCAUUUCCUACUUCCUCAGUAGUCAACCGCUCGACUGGAAUAGAUUUCUGAUGUUCCUCGCCAUCGCUGUACUCACCACUCUGACAGCGGAGAGCAUCGGUCUUGUCUUGGGAACAACUGUGAACCCGAUCAACGGUACAUUCCUAGGCGCCAUUUCUACCGCGGUUAUGCUGACAUUUGCUGGAUUUUUUGUAUUGUUCAAUCACAUGCCAACUUUCCUCUAUUACCUGAGCUACUUGAGCUAUCUUCGCUACUCGCUUGAAGGACUCGUUCAGGCAGUCUACGGUUUUAACAGAGGAGAUUUGAACUGUCCAGAAGAGGCAGUUUAUUGUCAUUAUCGCGUACCCAAAACCAUACUCAAUGAGUUAGCAAUGACAGACGGCAAAUAUUGGGUAGAUAUUGUUUUCCUCUCGGCGCAUUUUGUCGUUUUAAGAAUAAUCGGAUAUUGUACAUUGAGAAGAAAAUUGACUGUUUCUUAAGCGAAAGAAAAGAUUAAAAAAUUUGUUAUUGUUAAUCAUCCAGUCACAUCUCUAAGAACGACAGUAUGUUUAGCGUCCAAUUAUUAUUAUUCAUAUCGUCAUGUUUUAUUCAGUACACGCGGUGUUUAUUUGAUCUAUUAUAAACUUGCCUCUGCGCUGUUUAACGCAGAAGUCUCUCCUUGACUUAAUUUGUCAUAAAUUCUCUGUUUCUCUAAAUAUGAGGUGAUUCAACGCGUAUUCAUGUCACGAAAUUUAAUUAUCAAAUCCACACAUGCCUGUUGAUUAAUUGAAGAUGACUGAGCAGUUGAAUACUUCAUAGUCGGUUUGAGAUGUGACUUGAUUUCCUUUACAUUCCAUUCUAAAAUGACCGAAAUAACGCUAUCAGCUGGACUAGGAUAAACAGGGUAGCAUAGAACAAAUUUUAACAGGAUGUAUAAUGGAACGACCAUGUGAUAAUGAAUGUUUGUAUUUUAAACGCGACGCAUUUCGCUAGAUGAUAAAGAUCGGUAUAAGUCAAAAUUUACAUUCGUUAAUGGUAUGGAAAAUAUUACUGUCGUUUCCCACUCUUGCCGAAAUAUAUUAAUGAAAUACGAAGAAUGUACUAUCUUUAUUUUUUUUUAAAUGAGUUGAUGUAAUUAUUUCUGAGUUUUUACUUCUGUCGUGUUAAUUAAAUUAUUAUCAAGUUGAAAAAAGUGUAAAAAAAUAUGUUUUUAAUCUUAUACCGAAGAUGGUUUAAUAUUCAUGAUUCCACUUUGUAGUAAGACGAUCUUGAGAAAUUUCCGAACAAAAAGCGAUCUAUUAAUUUUAGAAUAAUCAUGAUGUCAAUAACAGUGAAUAAUUUAUUUGUAGAAUUUUUGUUUCACUCUUUAGUGACUCAUCCUACUGCUGUCAUUGUAAUGUUAUUGUUGUCAAAAUGUGUAUAUUUAUUCAAGAUCCCGGAACUGAUUAUGGCAGGUACUUUAUAUCUAUUAAAAUUCAAGUGUGAAAUAAAAAUUGUUUACAAUAUAA